UUCUUGGUUUUCUCUCCGCCUCUCUCUCUUCAAAAUGAAAUGCUCUAUUCAGUGAAUGACUCUGUGUAAAUAUCGACUCACAAAAUACACAAUGAUACCACGACCUGGGCAUACUAGCAGCGGGUAAACUCUAGAGGUGUCGAACGCCCAGAUUGGACUCUGAUACUUCGUGUUUUGUUUUUGUUCCCUCUCUUUUUUCUGCAAGAAUGGCGGAGGGUAGAUGGAAAAAGGUUGGUCUUGUCGUGUCAUUUGCGACAAUGAUCAGCGAGGAAGCAGCAGCUACACACACACAGACUGUGAUUGAGGAUAUAGAGAAUUCUGAUGAGUUGAUUGCCCCAGUCAACAGAGCUAUCCAAGAUGGCAAAGGACAGCAAGAGUUUGGAGAGCAUCUCAAAGCUCGCAUCGCGGACCAUGAUAGGGAUAUCGAGAGGAUGUGUAAUUUCCAUUACCAGGGGUUCGUAGAUAGUGUGGGGGAGCUUCUUCAUGUCAGGGCACAUGCAAAGAAACUAAAGGAUGGGGUGUUACAAACCAAUCAAGCGUUGCAGAAAUCUGGUAAUCCCGUUAUUGAGAAAGCGGAAGAAUUGCAAACCACAAGAAGUAUGUUACGGAACAUCACUGCAACAGUUGACCAUCUUCAGACAUGCCUGCCAGUUCUAGAGAUGUACUGCAAACUGAAUGAUCAAAUAGAAAGCAAGAGGUACUAUCCUGCUCUGAAGACACUAGAGCAACUAGAACACACCUACCUGCCGAGGGUAAGGCGGUAUCGAUUCUGUGAACGGAUGGCAGACAACAUUCCUAUGAUAAGACAGAACAUCAAGGAAGCUUCCAUGAGUGACCUCAAAGACUUCCUGGAGAGUAUCCGCAAGCAUUCCGACUGGAUUGGGGAGGAAGCCAUGAAGCAGGUUCAAAAGAGAAGUACCCUGGAGACGUCGGCGUUCAUGAAAGCCAGACAUCGUACAGUCAAAGCCGAGUCGCCGCUCACAGAGGCAGAUAAGGAUUCUGUAGGGGACUUCAUGUUUGAGGAGGAAGAAGUAUUAUUACAGGAUUUGAAGAUCCGGGCAGAAUUCGCAAAGUUCGCUGCGCGGCCACGAAGGAUGGCCUCGCGGCGGAUAUCAUUCGAUUUUGAGGUGAGCCCACAAGACAAGGUUGAUUUUUCUCCGGUCUACCGGUGUCUUCACAUCUACUCGGUGCUUGGUGAGAGGGAGGUGUUUGAGAGUUACUACCGUAAACAAAGAACCAAACAGUCUAAGCUUGCCAUCCAGCCUCAGGGUAACACGUAUGAAUCAUUAGAUCACUACAAGAGAUACUUUCAUCAAAUUCUAGGGUUCUUUGUUCUUGAAGACCAUGUGUUAAGUACCACUGAAGGCUUAGUAACACGAGAGUACUUAGAUGAUCUAUGGAACACGGCAUUAUCGAAAAUUGGAAGCACACUUAGAAAUAAUUCAGCAUACUGCACAGAUGCAACACUCUUACUGCGCAUUAAGAAUCUUGUAGUCCUCUUCGUACAGACAGUUAAUAGCUAUGGCUUCAACACGACACCACUGACAGAGUUUCUAUUAGACCUGAAGGAUCAAUACAAUGAAAUCCUCAUGAAGAAAUGGGUUCAAGUCUUUAGUGAUAUAUUCGAUGAGGAUAACUAUACCGCUAUGGCAGUCAACUCUGAGGCAGAGUACCUUGACCUCAUCAGGUCAUUCCCAUUUAGAGAUGAGAAGAUUGACAAAGCACCAUAUCCACGUCGGCUGCCGUUCUCUGAGUUCGUCCCCAAGGUGUACAGACAGAUCAAGGAGUUCAUCUAUGCAUGCCACAAGUUCUCCCAAGAUCUUCACCUGACGCAGACGGAGAGGGACGACAUGAUCCGAAAGUCCACCAACGUCCUAUUGACGAGGACGCUCAGUGGAUGUCUCAAUGCUCUUAUACGAAAGAGAUGCCUGGGGCUCACAGAGUUGGUUCAAGUCACUGUCAACACCAUUCACCUAGAAAAUGCAUGUAAAUAUCUGGAGGAUUUUAUCUCUAAUAUUACAGGGACGACUGGAGAUAACAUUCAUGCAGCUGGUCUGCAGAGCACAAACAUCUUUAGAGAUGCACGGAGUGAAGCGGAGCUAGAGAUAUAUAGGAGACUUAAUGAAAAGGUUGAUGAGUUCUUGGAGCUGGCCUCCUAUGACUGGUCCUUAGAUGAAUCCCAGGGAAGAGCCAGUGGCUACAUCAUCGACAUCAUCCGCUUCCUGGAAGGCAGCUUCAAGGCUUUCAACCAUCUACCGUGUGGUAUGAGGGUUCCUGCUCCUACUAGUAAGAGAAGUGAUGCGACAUGUAUUUUGGACUUUGUGGGUAAGGUUGCACAAACAGCCUGCAUGUCAACCUGCAAGCAUUUAGCAUCAUCCCUGAUGCAUUUCUUGCUAGAUUCCAAUACCAGGUUUGUGUCUAUGGGAGCCAUUCAGCAGUUCAGCCUUGAUGUUAUACAAUGUGAACAGUUUGCCAAUUCCGAACCUGUUCCUGGCUUCCGUGAUGGCGCUCUUCAGAUGGUGUUCUUGGAGCUCCGUCAGCUCUUAGACCUCUUCAUGGCGUGGGAUUGGUCAUCUUAUUUCGCUGACUAUGGUCAGUCUACAGGAAAAUACUGCAGGGUCAACGCUCAGACUGCCAUCAACGUUUUAGAAAAAAUGAGAGAUACUGACAAGAAGAAAAACCUCUUCAACACAUUCAAGAAGAACGAGAGAGAUCGCAAGAAGCUCAUGGACACCGUCCUAAAGCAGCUGAAAGCUCUGGCGCCCUCUAUCAACAAUAAGUAGAUACAAGGUCAAGUCCUCUUGAUGCAUUCCUGCCAUUGCUUGCAGUAAUUCGGGAUUUAGAACAAAAAAUGAUGCUCAAAUAAUAUCUGCAUUAUGUACUGACUUCUUUCUUCUGUUCUCAUCCAUGUGUAAAAUCGUAUCGUGGAAGGGGGGUUUGCAAGAAGUGAUUGCAAUCAAUUGCAAUUUCAAUAUCAAAUUCAAAAGUGAUAGAUCAGUUUUAACUAAAGCAAAUUAAUUCAUUCUUGUCGCAAAAACCAGACAAGGGGCCCGUCUUACAAAGAGUUACGAUUGAUCUUAUCAACCACAACUAUGGACGGCCAGCAA